AUGCCGCAAUUUAUGAAGCCCAAGCCGGUGGCACCAAAGCCCGUAGCCAAGAACAGCGCCCAAUCGUGCAGCGAACAGCAACAGCCGAAGAAUCCAGCCAACACCGCACAGGCACCCAAAACUGGCGCCAAGGGAAAAAUAAACAGCGGUGGAGUAAAGCUCGCUUCACGCAAGAAGACGUGGACGGCUCCCGUCAAAGAUCAAGCCGUCGUUGCGGACAACAAGCAGCUCGCCGCUGGCGCUGCAACCGACCACAAGAUUUGUGAUGACUGCAAGAUGGACUACCCGGGAGACUGUCCCGUCCAUGGACCCCUAACGCAAGUGAAGGACACUCCGGUUCCUCUGGGUGACCCCCAGCGCGCAAAUAAGACCGUGCCCGAGGGGUUGUCUGUGCGCCGUUCAACCGUCAAAGGCGCUCAGUACGGCGUGUUCACCUUGAAGCGGCUGCCCAAGAGGCUGUGCUUUGGACCGUACGAGGGCGUCAAGGUGGACAGCAGCGCAGCAAACGGCUACACCUGGCAGGUGCGUAUCCGCCAGAACGGCCGAGCGUUCCUGGUGGACGGCCGGCCCCUGGACCGUUCCAACUGGAUGCGCUACGUUAACUGUGCUCCGGAGCGCAGUCAGCAGAACCUGGCGGCGUUUGUGCGCCAGGGAGCCGUGUACUACCGCACGUGCAAAGUGGUGAACGCCGCAGAGGAGCUGUUCGUCUGGUACGGUGACGAUUUCGCCAAGCAGCUGGGUCUCAUCGGCAACGUAGGGGCACAAGACCAAGCGGCCGAGGUGGACGGCACUGCUGCACCUGAGGUCUUCUUCCUGCACAAUGUCGGGAGGCACGAAAUGACGCACACGGGCGAGCGGCCAUUCGUGUGCCCCGUCUGCGACAGAGGAUUCAACCGGCGCGGGAACCUGGGCGGGCACCUGCGAGUCCACACGAAGGAGAGGCCGUACGAGUGCAGAGAGUGCGGCCAGCGAUUUAGCGAUGCGUCAAACAUGGCGACCCACCGGAGGGUGCAGCACUCGGGCGACAGCGCUCGACGGCACGCGUGCCCCGAGUGCGGUAAAAGGUUCACGCAGAGGUUUGACCUCAAGAGACACCUGGUGACCCACACGGGCGAGAAGCCGCACGCCUGCUCGGAGUGCGGAAAGAGAUUCGCACUGCGCUACGUUGCCAAACGACACGAGCAGGUCGUCCACGGCCGCCAUUACCCGCUUCACUGCCCGCACUGUGGCAAGGGGCUUCAGAACAUAACAAAACUGAGAAGCCACGUGCGCGCUCGUCACAACGACGAAUGCGAAGACGACCAGUAG